CAGCUACAGCGCAUGCGCCGGAAGUUGCUGCCGCAGACAGCAGCAACAGCAGUGAUUCGGCAGCGCAGGGCAACGGGAGAAAAUCUGUCCGUUUUAAACCAUGGCGACGUACUAAACGAUGCCUUUCGCAGAGGUAAACGGAGAUUAUCUGCUUUGCGCUUCACAUGUGUGAGGAGAAGUGUGUGUCCCAUGUUGCAUUAGUGUCUGUGUGAAAUGCUGGCCUGUCUGCCAGGGCCAGGUGACCUCCCCCUCCAGCUUCUCCCCCACACGCAGAUGAACACUGGACUUCAGAAAUGUGAAACCUCUCCUCAUCAUGUCUGUGUGCUCCUGUGGGACACCACACAAAGGAUGAGAUCUGCUCCAUUUCCAACCCCUGCAGAAUUGGAUGCAUAUGCUAAGAAGGUUGCCAACAACCCCCUCACCAUUAAGAUCUUCCCCAACAGCGUCAAGGUCCCCCAGAGGAACCACGUGCGCCGUACUGUCAACGGGCUGGAUACGUCAGGCCAGCGCUACAGCCCUUACCCUUCCUCUCAGGCCAGUGCCAAGACAGGCCUCCUCGCCAUCGUCAAGGUGCCCACUGUCAAAGGCAUCCUAAAAGAUUUUGACGGCAGCCGGGCUCGCUUGCAUCCUGACGUCAUCAUGAACCCCCCUACGGGACCCUAUCAGGUGGCUUCAACCAGCACUUUAAACCACCAGGUGCAGAACCUUCCCCGGCCCCAGCAGAGCUUACCCCUUCCACCGCAGGACCCCCCUCAGACUGUGCAUAUACCCCUUCCUCAGCAGCAGGUGCACACCCAGAGUCUCAGACAGCCUCCCCCAAUGGCCCAGCACCCUCAGGGCCCAGCCAGACUCCAGACUCAGUCCCAGCACCCAGCUCUCGGGCACCCACAGGGGCCACCUACUGUCAUGCUCCAGCAGCAGCACCUUCAGCAGCAGCAGCAGCCUCCACCUGGCCUGCAGGGAAGCAGAAAGCUUCCCGAUGGCGAUGCACCACCUAAUGUUACUGUCUCUACCUCAACCAUUCCACUCUCUAUGGCUGCUGGUCUGAACCAGGGCCGCCAAGCUGACCUGAACACCAUCGUACAUCAGAUCAACCAAUUCUGCCAAGCUCGGGCCCAGGGUUCAGGAACCACCUCCAUGUGUGAGGGCCAGAUCGCCAACCCCAGCCCCAUCAGUCGCAACCUGCUUAUCAGCGCUUGUUCUAGGGUUUCCAUGCACAGUAACCCUGCCACCCCUGGCUUCCCCCCACCCAACUGCAUCAUUGGCUCUCAAGAAAAAGCCCCAGCCCCAGUGGGAGCUCACCCUCCACCCAGUGUGGCUGCUAUGAACCACUUGCCUUCCAACCACACUGAUCUCAAGCAGCAGCACCAACUGCAGCAGCACCAACUGCACCCACAUCAAAAUCAGCAGCAGCAGCAACUACAACAUACCACGCAGCAGCAGCAGCAGCAGAAGAUGUGCGCUUGGAAUCAGCAUCAGUUGGCUCAUGUGCCCCACAUUCAGAAUGGGGGGAGCCACCUCUGCAAGCAGCCUUCCAGGGACGCCACCUUCCAUUUUAAGGGCAUGGGCUACCCUGCAGAGGUGUGCGUGGGUCAGCCUUACUCACUAAAACCUCCCGUAGAGAGGCCCACCCCCUCCCCACCUGUUAACAACAAUGGCAUGCCCGGCCCCAUGGCCCACUACACUAACAGUCACUACUUCCAGUCGCACAUUUGGAACAGCAGCAUCCUACCCACACCCAACAGUGACAGCUCUGGGUCUCAGGACAUAGCCAUGCCAUUCCACGGUGCAGGCCCAGGAGGGUGCACCACUCUAGACUGUGCCCCCCCUGGGGCUCCCCAUUACCGGCUAGGAUCAAGCUCCUCCUCCUCCUCCUCGUCCGCCCAGACUAAUCUGAUGCAAACAGCAGAUUACUUGGGUGGGGACUUCCAGACGCCCUAUUUCCGCGAUCAGAAUCUAGGGUUGAUGGGCAAGAUGCACAGGCCCCCUCUGAGCAGGGUAGGUCCAGAGGUUGGGGAUGGCAGAACCGCUCUCAUCCAGCACCCAGGGUACAGAUAAGCUAUGGCCUUGUCUCCACAACUGUUAUCAGCACCCUUUGUUUAGUCUUAAGAAAGGAAACACGUGAAUAAAACUCAACUCAUAACUUAAGCAAAUGACUGCUAAUGUUAAAGAGGGUAAAUUAAUAUAUUUAAUGAAGAUCAGUAGUUUUUUUGUUUGUUUGUUUAAUCUUGCAAGUGAUCAAUUGCUAAUUUUAGGUUUAAUGAGGGCUUCUACCUGGCACUUCAUACUGUUUAUUACCUGCUUUUUUUCCUUGAUGAUACUUGUGAAUCUGUGUGCCUGGAUCUCAAGUGAUCCUGUGUCAUUUCUACUUCAGACCUGCCACUAAAGUUUCCUUAUGCAUGCUCCUUAUGCAAAAGAAAAACAGAUCUACUGAUAGAUUUUUAUUUUUUUUUUCUUCCUGUAACAGGACCAUGUCAGGAAAUUUUUUUGGCUCCGACUAGUUUCAUUAAACUCGUUUUCAUUUCGAUGAUUAAACGCAGUCACUUCAGGACAAAAGAGAGAGCGAUGACCGUCUUUCGAUGCAAAGUCAUCAGUUAGUGAAGUCUAACAGAGUCCAGCUGGGACCUGUUCCAGAAAGCAGGUUUAGUUAGUUUGAGUUGAUGAGGUUCAGUUUCUUUUUGUUGCAGCUGGAUCAGUCAGCUUAGGUAAUAUUAAAAAAAAAAAAAGCAGUCAUCAGUGGAGCCCCGAUACCAACAUUCACUGACAACGGGUAAAUAAAGAGCAAAUCUUCCACUUUAAAUGGAAAUAUGAAUGUGUGUCAAUCUGUCACAUUUUUCUUUUUUUUGUUUGUUUUUUUUUGUUUGAAGUUACAUUUUAUUCAGCAUUGCAAUAAUUUAUUCAGCUUGAAUUUUACUUAUUUUUUUUUAAUGGAAGUUGGAAUCCUACCUUUUUUUGGCUAAAAUAUCUGAAUAGAACAUGGUUGCAACCUGAAGGCUGAAAUACAGGCGAAAGCAGCGGAAUAUUGGAGUAUGGAUCAAACAGAUAUGACGGCAUUUAAUUACUGUAACGUCAAAGUCUGUUGUAAUGAUUUGCGUGAUUUGUAGUAAAAAACUGACUGUACCUUUUAAGACAGCUUUGUUACAUUCACUCAGUAGCAUAUAUUGACCUCAGCAUGUGUGCAUAUUUCACAUGCUAUGGGAACACUUUUGGACUGUCUGCAGUCUGUACUCACAGACUCACUCUGAACUACAUGUAGCUUGGUUUAAGAAGCUGGUUUCAGCAGGUACGCAAUCAUCCUCCCUCAGUCAUCUUCACCAUGUUAUGCUGCUGUGAUAAAAUAGGAUAUAUCAUGAGAUAUGAUAUAAUACUUGAAGUAUGUAAGUUAAAAAUGAUAGUAUAACCAACAAACAUGACAAGCUUCAUGCAGAGGAUUUUUUAUUUUUUUAUUUUUAUUUGUUAAUUUAAAUAGGGAUUGUGCCAAUAUGCAGUUUAGUGUCGAGAAACUGGUUAAGAACCUGACAGCUGCCUUCCUGUCUACAGAGUUAUAAAGGAAGACAGUGUAGCAUGCAGUAGAUUUUAUUCAGAUUUAAUCUUCCAUGUCCACGGAUCGCUGUAUGUCCAGAUCGAUAGUCUUGAAAGGAAGAAAGUCCUCGGACAACAAAGUCAAUAUUCAACCAGAGAGUAACCUAACUCUCAACUCUGCAUUCACUGGUGGAUAAAAGGAGGUUAAAGAGAACCUGCAGGUUAGAGUCACAGAGUCGGUUAUGCCAACUGACUGACCCAGAGUUCCUCAUGUCAAAGUUAACAAACCUCAAACUUUGGCUAAAUCUGCUUUCUGGAAUAGGCCUCAGGCAAAGCUUGCAGUAUGCACACGUUCACAGAGGGUUUCUCCUUCUUUUUAAAUGUCAUUAUUUGUAUAAUAGGAUUCUUCAAGAUCGAUACCUCUCCGUCACUUAAGGAAGUGUGUAAUCAGGUUGUUUGUACAUAUUUAAGUUCCAAGAGGGAGCAAACAAGUUGAAAAAACUUUGAUGCUCGGUCCUGCUUCACAUGCUGCAAUGAAUUCAGGUGUUUAAAAAGAAAAAAAAAGAAAUAACAGACUGCGUCAGUGCCACAUUUGGCAGCGAGAUUGUGAAAUGUUUGUGACAAGGAAGGUUGUGAUUAAAUUUACUCCUACCUUUUUAAAGGCGGCCAAAGUCAGGUUAACAAGGACACACUGUUAGGAAGCAGUGCCAUUUUUAAUGUUCGUGUCCUUUUCAGAUCAUCUUUGUAUCCAUGACAAAUGCGUUUACUUGAAUGUUUGAGAUGAUUCGUUUUGCAGGUAUUGAAAGGCACGGACAAAAGUCUCUGAAGUAAAAGAAAUCCGUGUCAGUUCCCCAUAGGAACUCACUACACGCCUAGCUAGAUUUGUGGUCCCAACAAUGGACACCUCAGCGAACUAAAUUACGUGUUGUUGCUACUGAUGCUGAACUGAAAAGACCAAAUUGAUCACUUGCAAGAUCACUCGGAGGUAAACAAAGCCCGACUUUUAAGUGAAACAGCAAA